UCUUGCCACGCAGCUUGUUUUUAACUUUUUUACAUCAAAAAAUGUAUUCAAUAUGAUUAAGAUGCGAAGAGAAAUCUAAGAUUAAAGUAGACUUUAUGGAUAAGAGAAGAAGAAACCGUAUUCAAGGUUCUUGGGCAUCACAAGCAAGGAUCAAAUCGACUCCAAAACAAGCAGACAAACCAGAAGACAAACAAGAAGAAAACUCCAAAACACAAGCACAAACCCAACAGAAAUUUGUCUUCCAAGCUGAUGUUGUUAAUAAAACGAAGCGAGCUCCACCAGAAAGGAUAAUUACAAAGGAAGGCAGCCAUGAGCUCAGUACAGGACCGACUGGGAAAUCUGUUAUAGAGUUCGUACCGAGCUUUUUCAGUAAGGAAGAAAAGGAAUGGAUGUUUGAACAACUUGAAGCAGACAUUCCUUGGGAAGAAAAGAAGAUUAAGAUCAAGGAGGAAAAAAAAGGAGGUCUUCAAGGAGGUUAUCAAGGAAGUCUAUAUUAUAAUUGUACGAUUAUUCUUUGUCUGCUACCCUCUUCUCCUAACCUUGUAUUUCAUGUAUGUAUACAGGAUUGGCAUUCUGAUGAUGAACCAUCUCUUGGAUCACAACCAGUGAUUGCUUCAUUGUCAUUUGGUGAUACAAGGAACUUUGAACUUAGAAAAAAGCCGCCUCAGGGAGAAGACUUUUCUGUUGUACAGCAUAUUAGGAUUCCUUUACCAAAUGGAAGUCUCCUCAUAAUGAAAGGAGCUACACAAGACGAUUGGCAGCAUCGAGUACCUAAAGAAUAUCACCAUCGCGAUCCAAGAAUAAACUUAACAUUUCGAAACAUCUUGCCGUCUGAAUCGCAAAAGACAUUAUGAGAAUAUCAGAAAUAAAUAGUUUUUGGGUAUCCUUUAACAAGUGAAAACGAGAGAAAACUGGAACAUUUGUACGAAAGGAAUUGUAUUCUGCGUUAUGUCUUCGCAUCGUUGUAUCUGACGUUAACAAUUGCCAUAUAGGGAUUGUAUAAUUCAUUUGCAGAAGCGUCUAGAGAGAGAUGCAUCCUUGUCAUACCUCGUGCUGUCGGCCAUUUGGGCCAUUCGUUUGACGUGUUGGAAAGAAAGGAAGGAAGGAAGGAAGGAAGGAAGAAAGAAAUCCAACUUCUUAUUCGUUUAAUUACUUGCGCAUUGCUUUUUUAUAACAUUCCUGGUGGAUAGACCAUAUUAUUAUUUUUCUAAUAAAGAACCACAUGU